GGGAUACAAUUGAUCACACACAAGAUGCAGGCAUUCAGAUCAACUGCGCGGGUUGCUUCACAGUUCAGGCCGACGGGUCUGCCCAGGUUUGUGCGGGGAUAUGCUUCCGCACCGCAGUAUGAGCACAUAAUGGUAUCGACACCUAAGCGCGGUGUUGGCUUCAUCCAGCUCAACCGCCCCAAAGCCCUCAACGCGCUCUGCACACCUCUCAUCCUCGAGCUCAACCAAGCCCUUCGCGACUUCCAGGCGGACAAAUCCAUCGGCGCCAUUGUCUUGACUGGCUCCGAGAAGGCUUUUGCAGCUGGCGCAGACAUCAAGGAGAUGAAGGACCUCACAUUCAGCUACGCAUAUGGCAACGACUUUAUAGAAAGCUGGUCCGAUCUCGUCACCUUCCUCAAGAAGCCUCUAAUCACAGCUGUCAACGGCUACGCGCUGGGAGGAGGAUGCGAGCUUGCAAUGAUGGGCGACAUCAUGUACGCAGGACCGAAGGCUGUCUUCGGACAACCAGAGAUCAAGCUGGGCGUAAUCCCAGGCGCAGGAGGCUCACAACGACUCACAAAGGCGAUUGGAAAGUCAAGAGCCAUGGAGACUAUCCUUACUGGAGACAACAUCUCAGCAACACAGGCGGGCGAGUGGGGUUUGGUAGCGAAGGUGUUCGAGACUCCGGAAGAGUGCGUCAAUGGCGCUCUCGCGACGGCGAAGAAGAUUGCGAGCUACAGCCAAAUCGCUGUCAAGGCUUGCAAAGAAGUAGUCAACAAGAGCCAGGAAUUGGGCAUUCGCGAGGGUGUUGAGUAUGAGAGGAGAGUCUUCCACGGCCUGUUUGGCAGCCAAGACCAGAAGAUUGGCAUGUCAGCUUUUGCGAACAAGCAGAAGGCUGAGUGGAAGAACGAGUAGGCCUGAAUGUCAAAAAGUAUCUAUUCGAAUCGCACAUAUUGUGCU